AUGUCAAGACAAUUCCCAAUGAAGGAUUCAAUUGAAUUUAUUGUUAUGCAUGACCAAAUUGAUAAGUUCAAGGAAUAUAUUACUCAAAAAAGAAUAGAGCCAGAACUAUAUUUUCUGGAAAUUCCUGAUAUGUCAAGACAAUUUGAUUGCAAUUCUAUAAAGUUAUCAUUGAUUGAAGCAUGUGUCUAUUUUGGAUCUGUUAACAUUUUCCAUUUCUUACUUUCAAAUCUUACAUGCCAAAAAACACAGAAUUGUCUUUGCUACUCAAUAAUCGGCCGAAAUACAGAUAUUAUCAACGAAUGUUUGAAAGAUAAUGAAAUAAGCAUUGAUUGUCUCAAAUACAUUGUAAGUUCACAUAAUAAUGAAAUGCUUGAAUAUAUCAUUGAAUAUAAAUAUUUUGUAUUUGAAGAAUGGAUUCAAAACAUCAAAACAUCUGAUGGUUUUAAAUAUAUUAUUAAAUAUCAAAACUUAAAGGCCGUAUUUUUGCUUUUCGAGAAGGACAAGAAUUCUAUUGUUCCAUGGUGUGCUUCAUUUCCACAAACAAUAGAUAUUCUCAGAAACAAUGAUUUUCCUGAUAAAACCGAUUAUCGUAAUAGGAAUAUUAUACAUUUUGCAUGUAAAUCGCAAAAUUCUGAUAUUUGUAUAGUAUUACUUGCAUCAUCUAAUAAAUUUGGAGUCAAUUGUAUGGAUAUUAAGAGAAUGACUCCACUCCAUUACGCUGCAAAAUUGAAUAAUAAAAUUAUAGUUGAAUGUCUUCUUUCACAUGGCGCAGAUAUCAAUGAAAAAGAUUAUUAUGGAAAAACUGCUCUCAAUAUUGCAUUAGAAAAUAAUAAUAAAGAAAUUGCAGAACUUCUUCUUUUUUAUGGCGCAAAUAUCAAUGAAAAAGAUAAAGAUGGAAAAACCGUUCUCCAUUAUGCAGCAGAAAAUAAUAAUAAAGAAAUUACAGAAUUUCUUCUUUUAUAUGGCGCAGAUAUCAAUGAAAAAGGUGAAGAUGGAAAUACCGCUCUUCAUUAUGCAGCAGAAAAUAAUAAUAAAGAAACAUUAAUACUUCUUCUUUCAUAUGGUGCAAAUAUCAAUGAAAAAGAUUAUUAUGGAAAAACUGCUCUCAAUAUUGCAUUAGAAAAUAAUAAUAAAGAAAUUGCAGAACUUCUUCUUUUUUAUGGCGCAAAUAUCAAUGAAAAAGAUUAUUAUGGAAAAACUGCUCUCAAUAUUGCAUUAGAAAAUAAUAAUAAAGAAAUUGCAGAACUUCUUCUUUUUUAUGGCGCAAAUAUCAAUGAAAAAGAUAAAGACGGAAAAACCGCUCUCUGUAUUGCAACAAAAUUUAAUAGUAACGAAAUGACAGAAUUUCUUCUUUCUCAUGGUGCAAAUAGCAAUGAAAGUGAUAAAGAUGGAAACACCGCUCACCAUAUUGCAGCAUUUUAUAAUAAUAAAGAAACAAUGGAAGUUCUUCUUGUAUAUGGCGCAAAUAUUAAUGAAAAAAAUAAUCAUGGAAACACCGCUCUCCAUAUUGCAGCAUUACAUAAUAGAAAAAUUUUAAUUCAACUUCUUAUUACGCAUGGUGGAAAUAUCAAUGAAAAAGAUAAUGAUGGAAAAACCGCUCUCUAUAUUGCAACAGAAAAUAAUAAUAAAGAAGCAGCUGAACUUCUUCUUUCAUAUGGUGCAAAUAUCAAUGAAAAAGAUAAUUAUGGAAACACUGUUCUCCGUAUUGCAGCAUUUAGUGAUAAAAAAGAAACAGCAAAAUUUCUUCUUUCACAUGGUGCAAAUAUCAAUGAAAAAGAUAAUCAAGGAAAUACCGCUCUCCAUAUUGCAGCAUCACAUAAUAGAAAAGAAAUGGCAGAACUUCUUCUUUCACAUGAUGUAAAUCUCAAUGAAAAAGAUAAUUAUGGAAGAACUGCUCUCCAUAUUUCAGCAGACUAUUGUUAUAAAGAAAUAUUUGAACUUCUUCUUUCGCAUGGGGCAAAUUUCAAUGAAAAGGAUAACUAUGGAAGAACUGCUCUCCAUAUCGCAGCACAAUAUAAUAAAAAAGAAAUAUUUGAACUUCUUCUUUCGCAUGGUGUAAAUCUCAAUGAAAGAGAUAAAGAAGGAAACACUGCUCUCCAUAUCGCAGCACAAUAUAAUAAAAUAGAAACAGCAGAAUUUCUUAUUGAACAUGGUGCAAAUAUCAAUGAAAAAAAUAAUCAUGGAAAUACCGCUCUCUAUAUUGCAGAACAAUACAAUAAUAAAGAAUUGGCAGAACUUCUUCUUUCACAUGGUGCAACUAUAAAUGAUUAUAUAUAUUAG